CUUGAUUCAGCUGUUUGAGGUUGAAGAUGGCGGCGUGUGGACGUGUUCAGCUGCUGCUGCUACUUCUGCUGCUCUCGUCUCUCUGCCUUCUCACCGUGCAGGCUCUUAAACCUCUUCCAGGUUUCGGGAAUGUCCAUCUUCCGGCUGCCGCUAUGCACCAGCAGUUCAGAGCGGCGCAACCGAUUCCCGGGAAUAACGGCGCCGCCGCCGCCGCGUCCUCCGGUUCUAGAAGAUCCACCGGCUGGAAGCUAGCAGAAGAGCAGGCCUGCCGGGACGACGUGAACCGGCUGUGUCCGAAAAAACCCUGGACAAAUAACCUGUCCGUACUGGAGUGCCUGCAGGACAAGAAGGAGGACACAGAGAUUGCUCCAGACUGCAACCAUCUGCUGUGGAACUACAAGUUGAAUUUGACCACAGAUCCGAAAUUUGAGUCGGUGGCGCUGGAAGUGUGUACGAGCACCAUGUUAGAGCUGAAGGAGUGUGCAGAUGAGGAGCGGGGGAAAGGCUAUCUGAUGUCCUGCCUGGUGGACCACCACGUCAACAUCACAGAACGCCAGUGCCAUCAGUACAUCACCAAGAUGACCAGCAUCAUCUUCAGCGACUAUCGGCUCAUAUGCGGCUUUAUGGACAAAUGCAGAGAAGACAUCAACACCUUGGAGUGUGGAAGCAUCGCUGUCGGAGAAAAAGACCUGCAUUCCCAGGGCGAGGUGAUUGCGUGUCUGGAGAGGGCGCUGGUCCGGGAGGCAGAGCAGAAGGAUAAGGCUCGUCAAAUCAAGGACGAGUGCAAAAAGGCCAUCAUGAGAGUGGCAGAACUAUCAGCGGACGACUUCCACCUCGACCGCUACCUCUACUUCUCCUGCCGAGACGACCGGGAGCGCUUUUGUGAGCAUACCCAGGUGGGAGAGGGCAGAGUGUACAAAUGCUUGUUCAACCAUAAAUUUGAGGAAGCAAUGUCGGAAAAGUGCAGAAACGCCCUGACCACUCGGCAAAAGCUCAUUGCUCAAGAUUAUAAAGUCAGUUACUCCCUGGCGAAGGCCUGUAAGGCCGACCUACGCAAGUACCGUUGUAACCCGGACGCCAGCAUGCCUCGCGCCAGAGAGGCCAGACUCUCCUUCCUCCUCCUCUGCCUGGAGUCUGCUGUUCACAGAGGCCGCACGGUGACCGGAGACUGUCAGGGGGAGAUGCUGGACUACAGACGCAUGCUAAUGGAGGAUUUCUCUCUGAGUCCUGAGAUCGUGUUGCAUUGUCGAGGAGAGAUCGAGGCACACUGCUCAGGACUGCACCGCAAGGGACGCACCCUGCACUUGCCUCAUGAGAGUCACCCGCGGGGACAAGGGCACGGUGGACAACCUCUGUCAGACAAGCAGAUUCUGUCUUGUCUAAUGGAGCAUCUUUACACAGAGAAGAUGGUUCAGGACUGUGAACACAGUCUUCUGGAGCUGCAGUACUUCAUUUCAAGAGACUGGAAGUAA